GCCAUACAUUUCGCUACUUUUCAAUCGCUGAUUAAAAUAGUUUUCUCACUCAUUAUUAUCUGUUAAUUAACACUAAUUUUCUGGUUGUCUCUCAGUUUUGUCGACCACACGACUGUCCAACGGUUACCAUCAAUUCGUUAACCAAUGGCUCACGUAUACCAUCGUGCCCAGCGGUGGACCCGUAUUGGGCGGUAAUGACAUUAAUGGUGAGGCGCUAUACGUAGGCCGUGCCGUACAGGACGGGGAUACCAUUCCCGGAAAGGUGGUUCCCUCGCACGGCGUGUGUUACGUGGCCUAUGCCGGUGGCGAGCACGGGCACCGGGACUAUCAGGUGCUGACCAACCCGCACGGGGCUAACCUGGUGUGGGUGCCCGCCUCGGGAGGUGAGGUACCUCUUGGCGCCGUUCAGGGCGGACAGCAAUCGGAUGGCGAGAAGUUGUUCAUCGGGCGGGCCUACCAUAGCGGGUCCAUGGUGUUGGGUAAGGUGCACCCCAACCACCGUACCCUCUAUGUGUCCUUUGAUGGCCAGGAGGUUCCCAUUCAUAACUACGAGGUCCUCGUGUGCAGAGAUAUCUGCCAUUAGAUUAUUAUCUCGAAAAUGAUGAUCAGUUUUACUGUAUGUGUGAUUAAGACUCGAUGUUUAAGUUUAAGACAUAAUUAUUAUUAAUGUUUUUAAUUGAGAGUAAUUUUUUUGCAGUC